CCUAACGAGAAAUAACGGCGGGCGUCCAACGGCGUCGCCGGCAGCCCGCGCUCGCCCCGGCGCCGCGAGAGGCGGCUGCGCGGCGUAGCGCGGCCGAAUCCCGGUUUUCCCGUCUGCCCUCACAGCCCGGUGCCCUCACAGCCCCGCGUCAAGCACGAACGCUGCGCUCCGCGAUCGCUGCGGCCGGCGCGUCGUGCCCGCCGUCUCUCGGGUCACGGGCGGGCCGAGCGCCCUGCUCGCGGUGACCGCCCGUGGAGCUCCGUCACGCCAUCUCGGAACCGAGCUCCUUCCCCAGCUCUAGGAAAGAGAAUCCUUUAUUGUUUUUUCUAUUCGCGUCGGCGGGAGCCGCUGCCCGACGAGUUUUCAUAUUCUGCUCGAUGGCAAAUAGCAGAGCGAAGAGCGGGGAAGGAGAGCGGCCGCGGGUCCUGUCUGUGUAGGGGGAGAGCGAGGGAACCAGCGCAGUGGGACGGCAGGGCUGCGAGCCGCCCCGGGAGCGCCGCUGGGCGCCUUCGGGACGCGUCCGGUGCUCCUCGUUGGCUGCAAAACUACGCAGAGCUUCGAGGUGGAUGCAAGCCGUGCUAAAACACCACUCGGGAUGGAAAGACAGGGGGUCAGAAAAGCUGGCCCCGAGAAAAUAAAAGUUAGAUGUUACAUUUUACCUGCUUUAGUUUAAGCUGGCGAGGCUUCCCGAGAGGUUUCUUACUGUUCUUACGGCUCACAGCCGUUCGACUAGCGCUGCCCUCACGGCGCUGCCGUCGGUACCGGGAGUGAUGCGGUGCCCGUGGCAGACCGGGCUGAGCUACAAACAAAUCCACCCCCGCAUUACUAGAGAGUAACUGUAACGAGGGCUGAAAGACGAGGUUUGGAAACUGGACCGGAGCCAGUUCAUUCCUGGCACCGAUUUGUGUUCUAGGUGUGCUGUCAAGAUAAGUUACGCCGUGUUCACGUCUAUCACAGGAUUAUUUUAAAUAAUGAUAUCUUCGCUGGAUCAAGACGGGAAGGAUUUGAUCCAGAAUGUGAAGGAGAGGCGAGCGGCCCAACGUGCCCCGGCUGGGGAAGCUCAGGUGAUGAAGCUCGGCAACCCCGAGAUCGCCCGCAGAUUGCUGAUGAGCGGCGCGAACCCCAACCUGAAGGACAGUACCGGCUUCGCCGUCAUUCACGACGUAGCCAGAGCGGGUUUCCUGGACACUUUGCAGACCCUGCUGGAGUUCCACGCCGACGUGAACAUCGAGGACGCGGAAGGCAACCUGCCGCUGCACCUGGCGGCUCAGGAAGGCCACGUGCGGGUGGUGGAGUUCCUGCUGCGGCGCACCCCGAGCCGCGUGGCGCACCAGAACCGCCGCGGCGACACGGCGCUGGACCUGGCCCGGCUGUACCGGCGCAGCGCCGUGGUGCGACUGAUGGAGGGCGGCCCUCCGCCCGCGGCCGACGCCAACUGAACCGGACCCCCUCGGACCUUGCGGCUCCCAGCCUCAUUCUUUUAUUAUUUUCUUUUUUUUUCCCUCCUCCUUUUUAAUAACUUUUGGUUCAACCCUACUUCUAUUUUUUUUUUUGGUUGUUGUUGUUGUUAUAUUUUUUGAAUAGUCGAUAGCGUGAGUUCGAGAAGUUGUAGAGGUGGGGUUUUAGCUGAGGAACAUGAUUUCAGUGCACGGUGGCGGCACGUUGCUGCCGCUCACGGCACUCCUUACCCCGCCGUGCCCACGCCGCUGCUCGCACCGGGCUUCCAGCACCAGGCUCUGCAAUGUAUCCCCGCUCAUUACUCAGCCAUUAACCCAAACGCUGCGUAUCCAUCGCUUAAUGUUCCCUUUCCGCUCCGGUGAAAGGAAACAACCCGCGGGGAUUCUUCCCCCUCUUCCCCGUGCUCCUCAUCACCCCCGGCUCAGCGUGUUGGGGUCGGGUGGGGACCGGGAGCGGCCCGGUCGGGGGUCACCGAGCCCGGGAAAGCCGCUUCGGGCAGCUGCCUCAGUUUGACACUAACAGGAGCUCGUAGGAGUAGGUUGCUAGCUUUCUAAAUGUAGAUGACACUUUUUCACUUUGUGUAUUUAAACUUUCACCGAGCUGCCUUUGAGUUUAGUUACCAGAAACAACAUAAGUGGCUUUUUUUUUUUUUUUUUUUUUUUUUUUUUUUUUGGCCAGAGGUUUCGAAGAGCUCGGUUGGGCACCCCGCGCCGAAAAGUACAUUAUUUUCCAGUUUCAAAAUAGCAGAUAACCAUGGGCAGAGGUAGGAGCGUGAGGGGGCUGCAAUACUACAGCUCCUCCCGUCCCUGCCUGAGCUGAGUGCCGUUUCGAUGCUCGCUCUUGUUUUGUCUGGGGAAAAAAAAUAAAAAGGGAUGAUAGCUGGAUCUUAAAGGUAUUUGGAUGCAAUGGAAUUUGGGAAGCAACACGUUAGGUACCCGUGAGGUUGUCUUAAUGCCUUCACCUGACGAACAGUGUAAUUCCGGAACUGUUUUCCUUCCAGAACAGCCGUUAGGUUCCUACGGCCGAACCGCCGGGGCCGCAGGGAGCAGCGGGAGGGGCGGCGGAUGGGAACCUCAGCGUGCUCUGCGCUGCGGGUCCGACUGUCGGUGGCACAGGAUGGGAAGGGCUCACAUCAGUGUGAAAGGAAAGACUGGCUACAAAAUAGCACAAAAAAGACAAGGGGUGUACCUUGCUUUACAUUUUCUUUCUAAAAACAAAACAAAACGCAUAUACACGGUCCCGCAAAAUGAGUUACCAUUGUUUUCCAGCAUCAGUAAUUGCCUGGACCUGUCCGUCCCGUCUCUGUACUCUCACAACCACUGUGUUCUGCGUUCUCUGAUUAAAAACCUCUGUGUACCGCAA